ACGUCACCGGCGGCUGGCUGGUUCGCUCCCUCCACCGGCCGGGGAUUCUCUUCGGGCGCCUCUGGGCUCGAGACGGAAGCCCGGAAGGCAGGCGGGCAGGUUGCGCGCUUGCAGCAGAGCCAGGGAAGGAAGAGGAGGAGGAGGAGGAGGAAGAGGAAGAAGGAGGCGGAACGGGUAGGGGGGUCUUCCUCCUCCAUGGCUCCCUCGGCCGCCCUGAGGCACCUGGGCUUGGCGCUGGGGGCGGCGGUGGCGGCGCUGGGCUCGCUCCUCUUCAUCGCCUGGAAGGUCUACUUCCGAGACGCCAACGAUAGCUGCAUCGGGUGGAGGGCGCGCUGGGAGCGGCAGCUGGGAGCCGAGCUGCAGCAGAAAGCGGCUUCCCAAGAGGAGGAGGAGCCACAUUCAUGUGAAUAUCAGGUUUUAGUUCUUGGUUUGGAUGGAGCAGGAAAGAGCAGCAUUAUCCAUUACGUCUGCAACACAGAAGCUCAGGAAGACAUAGCACCCACGCAGGGCUUCAACUCAGUGCAACUACAAGCCAAUGGGCUCCAGCUGGACCUCCUAGAGGUUGGUGGCAGCCAGAAUCUACGCUUCUACUGGAACCACUACCUGAGCAAAGCCCAUGUUCUGGUGUUUGUAGUGGACUCGGCAGAUGGCUCUCGCCUUCACAUUGCCCAGCAGGAACUCCACUGCCUGCUAUCUGAGGACUCUCAGUUACCUUUGAUAGUGUUGGCUAACAAACAGGACAAGAGUGAUGCACUGAGUGUGACAGAAUUAAAGGAGGAGCUGGGCUUGCACACAUUGAACAAUGAGCGGGAAUUCUUUCUGCUGCCCACAAGUGCCACCUAUGCUGGCCUGGAUACAGCAAACAGUGUUCUCCAUCUGAAAAACCUACUGAUCAAGCUUCUUGCCCAGACCUGAAGGAUUGACAUUUCAAUGAUACUGAAGCCAGGUGGACUUUCCAUGACUUUGUUCUUCAUAGCAGCUGCUGUUUCACAUACUUUCCCUGCAGAGUAAGAAAACUCUUCUGGGUAUUCCCUCAACUUUUUUUUAACUUACAGGGCUUUGUUGCCCAUAUGACCUUGGAAACCAAACCUACUGUUUGGUGGAAGCAUUGCAGAGGUAGACAGAGUGGUUCAUUGGAAAAACACAAUUCUUGGAAUAGAGCUAAGAACAUAAUACUAUGAACUGUAUGGUUAGAACUAUCAUUUUCUUUUUAUAAGACCUACUGUCAUCAGUAUAGAAAGAAUGAACUUGCCCAGUGAUAAGCAAAUGUUUCCAUUUGCUAGCCUGUGGACGGACUGGAAUAUUCUGCCCAAUCCUGUCAUUUUGGAUAGAUACAUUUGGCAGAGAACAGAGUGCGUUAUCUCAGGGUAACUGGAAGCAAAGUCUUAAGUGUGUAAACAGCUGCACCAAAGACUUAUCCCAGUGCUUUUAAAGGAAUCAGGUGCACUCCUGACCAGUGAUUAUACAAGAUAAAUACCUGGUAGCCUAGCCACCAGCCCAAGACAACUGCUAGGUAAAGUGUGUCAUCACAACUCCACCGCCCACAAACAGCCUCCCGCAGUACUCUUGCAGCCAGCGGCAUUUUUCUUCUCUGCUUUGAACAGAUAUCCAAAUGGUUUUCACAAAACAGUUCUUCUGUAGUACUUAAUAGAAAUGUAUUUGCUGGUUGCCUCUGAAGUAAUACCUGUAGCUGGGCUACGUCCUAGAAGGGCUUCACAAGUGGAACAUUAUACGCAAGUAGGUGCAGGUGAGGAAUUCACUCAGGAUAACUUCUACAGCAAUGUAGCUGAGCAUCCCUUUCUUUGUCUGCAGCUCCGUUUAAUCUUUAUCACUCAAGGGCUAAGUCCAACCAUGUGAUUUUGCUCUGCCCUGGAAGCAACAAAGAAUUUCUACACAGGCUCCAGCUAGAGUCAUGGCUGUGGCAUAAGACAGCAAAUCACCCCAUAUGGGCUACCAAUGAUUUUGAGCCAUUUACUUUCAGGGUAAACAAAACUGGCCUUCACCAGAUUGCUAUUUUGCCUCUGGAGGAAGGUAUUUGGCCAGCCAGACCUGUGCAGGGAGUUUAUUCUCAGUAGCAGGCAAUUAACCCAGCCAUUACAUUUGCCACUGCCUCUCCCCUUGCCUCCACUGCCUCACCUCCCAUAUCCCCUUUUCUGUAGCAGGUGAACAGAAAGUAUGCUCUAGUUUUUAUUAAAGCUGACAAUCUCUCCUUAAUCCCCAUUAUUUUAUCCUGUCACAAUAUAUAGGGAGGUUUAUUUGUGACAAUAAAUGCUAAAACUCAGUUUAUAUGUCCUGUAGCAAAUUAAUAUUGGUAAAUAAUUGUUUACAUGAGGUUUUAUUUCUGUGUCGCUAAAUGUUGACUUGUUACCUCAGAUAUGAGAUGUGAAAUCCUCAGACCUGGGAAAAAAUAGAAAAAUGCAUCAUAGACAGUAAUGCUGCUAGGAAGGGCAAGCUCAAGGAAUAUUAACCUAUGGCCCCUUCACUGGACUUAAUUCAGGCCUUAGAAGCUUUUCUGGACAGAUAACCACACAAUAGGCAUUAAUCCAAGCAAGAAUUGUUCUCUCCUGAUGCUUCAGAAAGCUUACCAAGGCCAACUUUCCUUGUGAGUCUCUACACGAUCAUCUCAGGUUUGGCCUCUAGACCCACUAAAACAGAGGAUUAAAUAUUACUGUAAAUAGUGGAGCAAAGUCAAUAGGUUUCAAGAAUGUUUCUGCAUCAACCUAUUUAUAUUCUUUAUUAAACUAUAUUUGAAAUAUGUCUGCAA